CUUAAAUAGAGGAAAGUCAAACAACUAGCUUUAAAUUACUUCCUAAUAAUCCAACAGUUCAAAGAAGGCAAGCAAUGUAGAAUUGUUACUAUAAAUUGUGCACCCAUUUCCAAACUUAGCUCAUUGCAUCAAGUUUAGCUACUGAAAGUGUUAAGACUUGCAUUAAAAAGAGGUGUAAGAUUAGGUUAAAUACAAUACAAAGAGAGGAGGUGGUGAUGGCAACAACAUUAAAGCAAGUAUUUCGUAUGAAAGAGGGGACAAAUGAAACUAGUUAUGCUAAAGCGUCUUACCUUCAGAAGGAAGUGCUAUCAUUGACAAAGCCACUAAGAGAAAAGGCCAUAAGGGAGUUCUACUACAGGGAACAACCAACAACCUUAUGCAUAGCAGAUUUGGGUUGUUCUUCUGUUGAGCUAAGCAACUUAAGUCCGGUGUUUGGACUCCUAGAAUCUGUUGAAAAUGCUCGUCGAGAGCUAGGAAAAGGGCCACAAGAGUAUCAAAUUUACUUGAAUGAUCUUCCAGGAAAUGAUUUCAAUACAAUAUUUAGGUCAUUGGGAAGCUUUGGGGAAAAGCUUAAACAAGAAAUGGGAGAUGAUUUUGGGCAUUGUUUUACUAAUGGUGCUCCCGGUUCUUUCCAUGAAAGGCUUUUCCCCUUCAAUCAUAUGCAUUUUAUCCAUUCUUCAUAUGGUCUUCACUGGCUAUCUAAGGUACCAAAAGGAAUAGAAGACAACAAGGGAAAUAUAAACAUAGCACAAACCAGCCCUCCUCAUGUGAUUAAAGCUUACUAUGAGCAGUUUGAAAGGGACCUUUGGUCUUUUCUAAGGUGUCGCUCUGAAGAAGUAGUGGUCGGAGGGAUGAUGGUGCUAACAAUUGUAGGAAGGAAAACUCUUGAACCAUAUAGUAGGGAAUCUUGUUACUGGUGGGAGAUUCUUGCGACAGCUCUAAAAGAUAUGGUAGUUGAGGGUUUCAUAGAUGAAGAUAAGUCAAAUACUUUCAAUACCCCUUUUUAUGCUCCCUCAGAAGCAGAGUUAGGUUUUCUAGUGGAAAAGGAAGGUUCAUUCAAUCUCAAUCAAGUUCAAAUUUCAGAAGUCAGCUGGAAACCAAAUGAACAACAUAAGAAUUCUCAUCCUUUUGAGUCUGAUCAUGAUGCCUUUACUAAAUGCAUAAGAGCCGUGACCGAAUACUUAGUCACAAGUCAUUUUGGAGAAUCCAUUGUAGAAGAGGUGUAUCAUAGGUACAAGGAAUUUGUCAAAGUUUCAAUGGGAAAGGAGAACAAUGUAUUUAUCAGUAUUACAGUCUCAUUGACAAGAAAUGGUUGAUAAAUUGCCAUGGGAGAAAAUUAAUAGUUGUUCUAAUUAAUAAAAGGUUUUGUACUAUUAUUUUAUACUCUUGCCAUAUUUGUAAGAUCCAAUUAUGUACCACGCUAGUACUUUUAUCUAUGGAUGAUAUUUUUCGAAAGUGA